CGCGGGCCGGCGUCUGAGAGGGGCCGUGACGUUGCGGGCGGCGCGUGGUGGGACGGUUGGUAUUUGAAUCGUUGGGAGGCUCGAGAGCGCAGAGAUACGACAGGAGAGAGACAGAGAGAGAUAGAAGAGGAGGACGCGGCUCACACUCAAGUCACUCACCCUCUCAGCGAGCGGUCGGCCAUGGUGGUGGCCGCUGCUCUUCAUCCGCUCUGGAGGAGCGCUGUGACGGUGGGGAGCUCCUGGCUGCUGCUGCUGCGGUCCCAUGUGGUGUGUCAGUCCGGGGUCGCCAGCAGGAAAAUGUCAUCAAGAAGGAAACCAGAUCACCUGGAGAGAACAGUCAACAACUUCCGUCAACAGGUUAUUGCUCCAGCAAAAGUUUGCGGAAUGAUGAACGAGUCUGAAACAGUUAAGAGGCUACGCCUUACUGUUCUGAACAAAGAUUUUACUUUCAAAGCAGGACAAUGGGUGGACUUUUUUGUCCCAGGUGUGUCGAAAGUCGGUGGUUUUUCUAUUUGUUCAAGCCCCGGGCUGUUGGAAAGGGAAGGUGUACUGGAACUGGCAGUAAAAAUUACCAAGCAUCCUCCUGCACAAUGGGUUCACUCUCAGUGUGUUCUUGGAUCAGAGGUAGCUCUACGAGUAGGGGGUGAUUUCUUCUAUGACCUUCAACCUUCCAAUUCUUCGGUGGACAUACUGUUGAUUGCUGGCGGAGUGGGCAUUAACCCCUUGUACUCUAUACUAUUACAUACGGCUGAUCUCCACAGACUUCACGAAAGCAAACAUUAUGAAUACAAACCUGGAUCUGUACAGCUUCACUUCAGUGCGAAAAACACUGAAGAACUUCUUUUCAAGAAAACCAUUAUUGACCUAUCAAAAGAAUUUCCUGGGAAAAUCAACUGUCAUUUCCAUGUUACACAGCAGAACUCUGAAAUCUCUGAAAACUUGAAACCUUACGUGACCGCUGGAAGAAUAUCUGAAAUGACUCUGGCACAACAUGUAUCCAAGAACAACAUCUGUUUUAUUUGUGGUCCACCUCCAAUGAUAGAGUCAGUAUCUCAAAAGCUGGAAAAACUUGGUGUUCCUAAAGAAAAUAUAAUUUUUGAAAAGUGGUGGUAGUACAUUCUUAAUGAAGAAUUUUAUCAUUGGAAUUAUUCAACAUUUAACCUCAUGCCCAACUUAUCAAAACAUAUGUAACUUUACUCUUGGUAUUGCAUAUUAUUCUUGGGUGGUCUUUCCUUAGGUUAGCACUAAAGCUCUGUGUAUAUAUAACCAUAAAGUUCUUUCAGGUCAGCACAACUGGAUGUGAUGUGAUCCCUGUAUUGAAUGAUUUGAAUUGUUAUCAGUAAUGACUCAGUUCAUGAUACAAUCUCAUAAUAUUAAGUCAAGGUUAUAUGCUUCUAAUUUGUUCAUAUAGUCCAUAUUCUGUAUAAUUGAUAUUGUACUGAGUUGAUAGACCCCUGAAUACUACAGAAUACUUAAUUUCCAUUCUUUAAAUCAAGAAAAUACUACAUUUGUGAGAACAUCUGUUGAAAAAUGUAUCCUCUCAAAAUAGUACUAUUUGUACAAGAUAAAUACUAAACAUUAAUGUUUGCAGCUGUCUGUUGAGAGAAGAAUGAUCCUGUGCUGCAAAUUCAAUGAAUAUCAAAACAACAACAAAUUACACUUGUAUAAUGACCUUCACAUCAGAAAAAGUUUUGGUGUGUUUUUAAAACUAGCACUGCAUGUUCUAGGUUCCCUGCAAUAUUUAACAGCUAAAAAUACCCACCAAGUGUAGCCCUAAGCUAUACAGAUUAAAAGGUUGCUGGCUCAAAUAUGAACUAGGCUGUUUUUCAAAGUUUUGCCUGAAAGGGGCAAAUAUUGGGCAUAGGAAUCUUUUACAAAAAAUAAGAUGCUGUCCAGUUUAUUCCUCAGCACAAUUCAUAUAAUUCCAAGAAUAAGAUUGAUUUUGCAUUGUUUUAUUCUAUGAGCAUUGAUUAUGAUUGUUUCUGCAUUAUCACUAACCAUUAGCUAAUUGUGGAUUACUAUUAUAUCACAGUGUUCCAGAAUGCUUUUGUUGAAUUUCCCCAUUGACACUGUUACAAAUCCGCCAGCAUUGUCAUGAUUUUGUGAUGCAUGUGCCUCUUGCGAUAUGUUCAUGAAAACACUUGUAAUAUGUAGUCACUGGUUAUAAUAUUUAAUUAUAAUUGAACCCUGUUUUAUGCAGUCUAUGGAGACAAAUAUGCUCAAUAUGUAAACUAUUAUGACUUACUACAAAGUGCAACAUUUAAUUAUUUUUCAUAUAAAGAAUUUGCUCUGAUCUAGAUUUGUGUGCGAAUUAGAAUGUUAUUGCAUUCAACAAUUUAUUGUCCUUUGGAUUUGCUUUACAGAAUUUAAAGAAACUGAGAUAUUACUGAUUAUUUUAUAGUGUGGUUUUGAGGUCGAAUCUCAUGUGAUGUGAAUAUUUUGAUGAAUAUAUACUGAAAUAAAUUAUUGAAUCUCUA